ACCCCAUCCGUGGUUAGGUGUGUCGUAUCGAUAUAUAUAUAUAGAGAGAGAGACAGAGAAGCCAGAAAGCCCAACUCUCUCUCUUCUCUGUAUACAUACACUCGUACGUAUAUCACACCGGCGAUCGAAUCCGCCACCACCGCGCCGCCGCCGUCGAUUCCUUCUCUAUCCUCGCGAUUCGAAACACUCAACUUUCUCUCACUACAAUAAAACUUCCCCUCAUCUGUCCAUUCAAAAGUAAGUCUCUCUCUCUCUCUCUCUCUCUCUCUCUCUCUCUCUAAACAACACGCAUGUCAAUCGUAUUACCGUAGAACAACAGCAGAUGCGUUGAUGGGGAACAAGAAGCGAAACCUCACAACUACUCGUUCCAAAACGACGCCGUCGGGUGCGCCUCCCUCCUCAUCCGAUGGCGCCGUCCCGAGCUCACUGGAUAACAACACCACCGAGCAAAACCUAAAUCCGAACAACAAUAAUUACUCGUUAAUCGAGAGUAAGAUGGAAGCGCUCGUCGAGCCGGACGCUUCGUCUUACUCCGGAAUCAAGCUCGAAUGCGAGCGAGCCCUAACGGCGCUCCGCCGCGGGAACCACACCAAAGCCCUAAGGCUCAUGAGGGACAUGUGCGCCAAACACGAGACCUCAGCCCACUCGGCCUUGAUUCAUCGUGUCCAGGGGACUGUCUGCGUCAAGGUCGCCUCGAUUAUCGAUGACCUGAACGCGAAGCAGCGGCAUUUGAAGAAUGCCGUCGAGUCUGCUAGGAAAGCAGUCGCCUUAUCCCCCACCUCCGUUGAGUUCUCCCAUUUUUACGCAAAUUUGUUGUAUGAGGCCGCGAAUGAGGGGAAAGAGUACGAGGAGGUAGUGCAGGAGUGUGAAAGGGCAUUGGCAAUUGAGAAUCCGGUUGAUCCGGCUAAGGAGAGUUUGCAGGAUGAGAGCCAGCAGAAGAUAUCGACCGCGGAUGCGAGGAUUGGGCAUGUGCAGAGCGAGCUUCGAUCCCUAAUUCAAAAAUCGAACAUAGCGUCGAUUUCGUCUUGGAUGAAGAAUCUUGGGAACGGGGAGGAGAAGUUUAGGUUGAUUCCUAUUAGGAGGGUUUCAGAGGAUCCGAUGGAAUUAAGAUUGGUGCCACAAACAAGGCGACCGAAUGAGAUCAAGAAGGCGACUAAGACUCCUGAAGAGAGAAGGAAGGAGAUUGAAGUACGGGUGGCUGCUGCGAGGCUGCUGCAGCAAAAGUCAGAGUCGCCACAAGCACCGAACGAUGAUAGCAGCAAUGUAGACUCCUCGUCUGGGUCUGGUCAGAGAGGCGAGAGGCGGAAGUCUGGAAGUACGAGGAAGAAUGCAUCUUCCGCGGAGAAAAGGGACUGGGUAAAGUCAUAUUGGAAUUCAACGAGUUUGGAUAGGAAGAAAGACUUGCUGAGGAUUUUGAUUUCAGAACUUAAGGCCCAUUUUAGUUCGCUGAAGGAUACGUCAGCAAAUGAUGUCCUAGCUGAGGCUAUAUCAUUUGCAGAAGCAAAUAGGACUUGGAAGUUCUGGAUGUGCUGCCGCUGCAGCGAGAGGUUUUCUGACUCUGAAUCCCACAUGCAGCAUGUUUUGCAGGAGCACAUGGGGAAUCUCUUGCCCAAAAUGCAGUCUAUUUUGCCCCAAAAUGUCGAGAAUGAAUGGAUUGAGAUGCUUCUUAACUGUUCUUGGAAACCACUAGAUGUCAAUGCUGCUGUUAAAAUGCUGGAAACCCAAUUGAAAUCCCAAGGCUCUGAGCUUCUCAGUGAAUCUUACCCAAGAAGCAAUAUGGAAGAGUUCAAAGACUGCAUGGCUGAUGAUUUUUGUUCAGAAGAUGCAUGGAAUUUGCCCUCUGAAAGGGUGAAAUUUGGGGAUGAUUGUAAUGGGGAUACUGUGGAUUGCAAAAGCUAUGACAAAGUUUGUGACGUUAGAUGGCAUGAUUUUGAUAGGAAUCAGGGUGAUAAGUCGUAUUUCCUGCCUGAAAGCUGGCCAUUGUCGGAUGACACUGAGCGUGCAAAGCUUCUUGAGAAAAUUCAUGCUAUAUUCCAGGUGCUCAUUAGUCAUAAAUACCUUGCUGCAAGUCAUGUCCAUAAGGUUAUACAAUAUACUGUUGAUGAGCUACAGGGUCUUGCUUGUGGUUCGCAGCUUCUCAACUACAGUGUUGAUCAAACACCCAUGUGCAUCUGCUUUCUGGGAGCUUCUGAGCUAAAGAAAGUCCUGAAAUAUCUGCAGGAGUUAUCUCAUUCUUGUGGCAUUGGUAGAUAUUCUGAGAAGAGCAGUGUUAUUGAUGAUUCAAACACUGGCGCUCAGGGGGCUGAAAUCACUGAGAAGAUAGUUCUAAGUGAAGAUGCAUUGUAUCUCCUUUUUGAUGAGCAUUUCUUGCCUGGCAAGCUUAUUUCACUAACUGAACCUGAUGCCACCGCGGAUGAUGCAGCUGGACCAACCUCCUCUAGUACGGGAUAUGGAAAUCGGGUUCUAUUCGAUGCUGAUGCUUUGUUGUCAUGGAUGUUCACUGGCCCCACGAACGGAGAACAAUUGGCAUUGUGGAUGCGGACGAGAGAAGAGAAAGCACAGCAGGGGAUGGAUAUUCUCCAAACACUUGAGAAGGAAUUUUACCACCUACAGACCAUGCAUGAGAGAAAAUGUGAGCAUUUGAGUUAUGAGGAAGCCGUCCAAGCAGUGGAGGAUCUUUGUCUUGAAGAAGGAAAGAAAAGGGAGCAUGGAACAGAAUUUGUCCGUCGUAGUUACCAGUCUGUUUUAAGAAAACGGCGAGAGGAGCUUAUUGAAAAUGACAGUGAUGUUAUGUUUAUUAGCAGUAGGUUUGAAUUGGAUGCCCUAUCAAAUAUUCUGAAAGAAGCAGAAAAUCUGAAUGUCAAUCAGUUUGGGUUUGAGGAAACUUAUAGCAGUGCGACGUCUCAUCUUUGUGACUUGGAAUCUGGUGAAGAUGAUGAUUGGAGAACGAAGGACUAUCUGCAUCAAGUGGACUCUUGUAUUGAAGUUGCCAUCCAGAGGCAAAAAGAGCAGUUGGCCACAGAGCUCAGCAAACUUGAUGCGAGAAUGAUGCGAAAUCUUAGUGGAAUGCAGCAAUUGGAAAUUAAGCUUGAACACAUAUCUGCCCAUGAUUAUCGAUCAGUACUAUUACCUCUUGUGAAGUCAUUUGUGCGGGCACGCUUGGAGGAUCUGGCUGAAAAAGAUGCUACUGAGAAAUCUGAUGCUGUAAGAGAAGCAUUUUUAGCAGAACUUGCACUUGACUCUAGAAAGGGCAAUGGGGGAGGAAGUGAUAAUUCGAAACAUGCGCAUGAGAAGACGAAGGAGAAGAAGAAGAACAAGGAGCACAAAAAAACAAAGGAUUCAAAGUUUUUGCAGGCUAUUGGUGCUGAUGAGCUUAUGCUUCUCCAUGAAACUGCAGAACAAGUCUCCUCUCCAGUUCUAUCUGAUGGAGAUCAUCCAGAUUCUGAAAAUGUUGUAUCUGUAUACGGUGAUGCCUUACAACAAGAGGAAGAGGAAUUGAGACGUAGGAUUGAGCUCGAAGCUGAGGAAAGAAAGCUUGAAGAAACUCUGGAGUAUCAGAGACGAAUUGAAGAGGAAGCUAAACAGAAGCACCUUGCGGAACAGCAUAAGAGAACUCCAAGAACAAUUCCUGAGAAGCACAGCGAUGAUGAUGAAGAUGUACACAAGCAAUUAGAGUACUGUAAGCAGGAACCCUUGGCCCAGCAAAAUGGAUUUCCAAAUGGUUUAGAAGGUGUACCUGUGGCUGCAGUCACUUCUGAUAGAGCUGCACAAAGGACUGGUAGUACCGUCACUUUCCAUGAUCUGAAAGUUAACCAAGGUUUAGUUAAUGGAACAAUUCCAGAGGAUGGUGUUUUGUCUGGCGAGCGGCGGACAGGAAGGAAAAGUAGACGUCAGAAGAGUUCUGCCAAGUUAGUCAACACUAACUCUCAGUUUGUGUCUUCUGAGAAGGAGAAUAUUGACAAUGGACAAGUUAGAGUGAAGGACGGUCUGCAUGGUGACAGCUGCAAUGGAACAAAGACUUUAAGGCAACUACAUGCAGAAGAGGAUGAUGAGGAAAGGUUCCAAGCUGAACUCAAAAAAGCUGUACGCCAAAGCCUUGACACAUUUCAGGCACAGCAAAGGGUGCCCUUGAUCUCAAGUUCAAGGACAUCACAAAGGACAUAUUCUGAAGUGGAUGGCCCAGAUGUUUUAGUUAAUGAAAUCACAACUGAAAUCUUGAACGGAGCUGAUGGAUAUGGCACUGGCCUGAAGAAUGAAGUUGGUGAAUACAAUUGUUUUCUAAAUGUUAUCAUACAGUCGUUGUGGCACUUAAGACGGUUUCGAGAUGAAUUCUUGAGGAGAUCAACAUCAGAUCAUGUCCAUGUUGGAGAUCCUUGUGUUACCUGUGCACUUUAUGAUAUUUUUGCUGCCCUGAGCAUGGCAUUUACAGACAUGCGAAGAGAACCAGUGGCCCCUACUUCUCUGAGGAUUGCUCUGAGCAAUUUGUACCCAGAUAGUAAUUUCUUUCAGGAGGCUCAGAUGAAUGAUGCUUCUGAAGUGUUGGGAGUAAUAUUUGAUUGCCUCCAUCGUUCAUUUACCUCCGGUUUGGAGGUUUCUGAUACUGAGUCAGUAGAAAGCAAUUGCAAAGGCUCUUGGGAUUGUGCAAACACUGCUUGUAUUGCACACUCUCUUUUUGGAAUGGAUGUUUUUGAAAGGAUGAAUUGUUACAACUGUGGUUUGGAGUCCAGACACCUGAAGUACACUUCUUUCUUUCACAACAUUAAUGCUAGUGCCCUCCGAACAAUGAAGGUAAUGUGUGCAGAAAACUCAUUCGAUGAGCUUCUAAACCUUGUAGAGAUGAAUCACCAGCUAGCUUGUGACCCAGAGGCUGGUGGCUGUGGGAAGCUUAACUAUAUCCAUCAUAUUCUUUCGUCUCCGCCACAUGUUUUUGCAACAGUCCUGGGCUGGCAGAAUACGUGUGAGAGUGCUGAGGACAUAUCAGCAACAUUGGCAUCUCUAGCCACGGAAAUUGAUAUUGGCGUCCUUUAUCGUGGACUUGAUCCAAAGAAUAGACAUUGCUUGGUCUCAGUGGUUUGCUAUUAUGGGCAACAUUAUCAUUGCUUUGCUUACAGUCACGAGAAUGAGCAGUGGGUGAUGUAUGAUGACAAAACUGUAAAGGUAAUUGGUGGCUGGGAUGAUGUUCUUUCCAUGUGUGAGAGAGGACAUCUGCAACCUCAGGUUCUCUUAUUUGAAGCUGUAAACUAGAAUUAUGUGUAUUCAUCACAUUUUUGGGUGCAUUUCGAGCUUUGAGCAUAGUCUCAGCAUUCUUUAUCACUCAACGGAUGACUUGCUGCCUGCGCCAUACCGUUCUGCAAGUAAGGUCGGUAUACAGUUUUGAAAUUAACUGAACAUGGUGAUACAUAUAAACCUGGAGUUUUAUCAUAGAGGUUUAGCAGGAGCAACUGGUGUUUUCAGAGGGAGAAAAUGUUGAAAAAAAGUUUUGUUUGAGAAUGAAGAACCCGGGUGAUUGAAGAGCCAAAAAUGUAGAAUAUUUUUGUUUUGGGUGCUGUUUACCUCCAAAUACUAUAUCAGUGUCCGUCCAUGGAAUUUUCUUGCCAUUUCUCAGAUAUUUCAAAUAAGGUGGUUUGGUUGAAGAGCGGUAACCACCAGAUAACUUAGCCAUAAAAGCAAAGCACCGGAGCAUCUGAUGCCGACUUUUCUCUACUGGGAGUAUGCAGUAGGUGUACACAAGCAAUACUAGCUAUUUUUAGAAGUCUGGUAGUUUGUUUUUGCAAUGUAAAGAGGGUUUGUAUAGAUUGCGUCAUGGCCCCUUUGUUCGCCGUACUGGAACUUCUUGUAUUGCUUCUCUCUCUCUCUCUCUCUCUCUCUCUCUCUCUCUUAUGAGUAGGUUUUGUUGUUAGGACUCCUGGUAUGCCAAGGUAAUGCUAAUGGAAGAAAUGAAUUUUUGGCUCUUUA